ACCAGGUGAUCAUCUGUCCCUGCACCUCUCAGCAGCAGCCUACAGAAAGCUUGUGUGAACAAGAAUCAUUAACAAUGUGCAAAAUUCUUACUGGACUUGACAAGAGUCCACUUGCUUCAAGAUGAUUCUUUGUAGAUGAGCACAGUGGACACUCAGAGACAGGGCAGGUAUGCACUUACUCAAAAUGAGUAAUUCUCGGAUCUUCCAGAUUUGUGGCAUCAUGGCUUCUGUGUUCAUGAUUCUAUUGAUAAUUUUUUAUUGGGAUGAUGUUGGGACAGCCCAUUUUCACUUGCAUACGACUAUUUCGAAAAUUCAGGUCACACAUCUCCCUCUAAUGACAAACUUAAACCAUAACCAGCUGAAUUCCAAAAAGGCAGUAGAAGAAAGAAAACCCAGUUCUGAACCUGACAUUAUUCAGGAUGAUCUUGACUUUAUGUUGGUUGAAAGCACAAAAGGAUACCUACAGGAAGGAGAUUCUCCUGAGAUGGAAGAAACUUUCAAUGCAGUAUCUGAACCUAACCCUGAGAAACUCCCAGGCUUUGACUUGGGAAUCAAUUCUGCCCAAACAAAGACUGAGUUAGAAAGGAUACAAAAUGAGAGGAAACAAAAUAUUAAAGAUGUGUGUGCAGACUCCAGUAUCAUGUUCUCAGGGAAAAAUAGGAAUUUUGAAGAUAUUCCAAAUAAAGAAUUGGACCAUCUUAUUGUGGAUGACCAGCAUGGCAUUAUUUACUGUUAUGUUCCCAAAGUGGCCUGCACUAAUUGGAAGCGGAUUAUGAUUUUAUUAAGUGGCAGUAUUUUGAAGCAAGGCACUGCAUACCGUGAUCCACUUGAGAUCCCCAGGGAUUUAGUGCAUAACUCAACCAGCCAUUUCACCUUCAACAAGUUCUGGAAGCGUUAUGGCAAAUUCUCAAAACACCUCAUGAGGAUCAAGCUGAAAAAGUACACCAAGUUUCUCUUUGUUCGUGAUCCUUUUGUCAGAUUAAUCUCAGCAUUCCGCAGCAAGUUUGAAAUUAAGAAUGAGGAUUUUUAUAAUCGUUUUGCAAUCCCAAUGCUCCAACUGUAUGCAAAUUGUUCUGACCCGCCAUCAACUGUCAAUGAGGCUUUCUCUGCAGGAAUCAAGCCCAGCUUUGUCAACUUUAUUCAGUAUUUGUUGGACCCUCACACAGAGAAGAAUAUGCCAUUUAAUGAACACUGGCGGCAGGUAUACAGGCUUUGUCACCCAUGCCAAAUAAAUUAUGACUUUAUUGGAAAACUUGAAAGUUUGGAUGAGGAUGCUAAUUUCCUACUGAAGUUGCUCAAUGUAGAAAAGCUUGUUCAGUUUCCGCAAAGUUUACGGAACCGGACAGUAAAGAGCUGGGAAAAUGACUGGUUUUCAAAAAUUCCAGUAGCUUGGAGAAAACAGCUUUACGAAUUAUAUAUGCCUGAUUUUGUUAUCUUCGGCUAUCCUAAGCCAACAAACUUGUUAUUUGACUGAUGUUAAAAAUGCACUAAAAGUCUGUUUUAAAGAAACAUGUGCAGUGAAUUCCUCAUAUGCAGCUCCUGGAUAGGCUUUGCCUUGCCAGAAAUAUAAUGGAAGUUUUCGUGUGGAUGUCUCAAUUUUGCAUUGCAUUGCUUCCAUUUAUGAUACGUGAAAUUCCUCUUCACUCUCAACAUGCAGCCAAACCACAAAAGUAAUUAUUUUCAUUUUGGCCAGUAAAGGACUUUAAGCAGGUUGCCUUGCCAAUGGAUAGAUUUGAUAACCUGCUGAAAAUCAAGAUUGGUAACUGCUAAGCUGAUAAACAGUGGAAUAUAAUCACUGGCAUUUAUCAAUGAGAUGUUCUUUACUAUGCUGUAAUUAUGAUAUUUGAAAUGAUUGAAUGUUGAUAACUCUUUAAGCAACCAGUGAAAAAUCAAGAGCAAUUUUACUUCUGUUCUCUGAAGUUGAAACUGUAUAGCAUAGCUUAUUGGAAUAAGCACCAGACCUGUUGGUGUGGUAAGUGCUUGCCUUUAUGAAUCCCUGCUAAUUCUGUGAUAUUGAGUUUUAAGGAUAAUUCAUUCUUCCUCUCAAAUUUCUUGAUGUGAAUAGUCCAGGAUUAUAAUACCUAUUAACGUGAUGUACCUUGCUUUUCUUUACAACCUCUGCAAUCAUGAAGGCAUCCCACACAAGAAGUCUUGGACCAUCACCUGGAUUUUUUUCUUGUUAAAGCAAAAGUAGCCUAGACUGCAAGCAUCUUCUGACCUUCAUAAUUCAGUUUGUUAUAGUAACUUGAAAGGAAUCGUUCACAGAAAAAUUAAGGCAGUGAAGAAUUCUUACUUGAAUUAAAACAUCCCUCUGAGCAGACUGUUAGAGUGCAAUAUUGGGUUAGUUUUAAACAAAACUGUAGUAUUAUUACAAGCUCAUUUUAACUUUACAUUUUUAAAAGUUAACUCAUGGAAUGGGGAAGUCAUUGGCUAGGCCAGCAUUUAUUGCCCAUCCUAAUGUUAUUGAGCAUAUAGGCUACAAGCAAUGCUGUCUGUAACCAUUAUGAUUGGAAUAAUGUAAAAACAAAGUUGUGUGCCUUGAAUUCCCUUAAUGCAGUAAAUAAGUUUUGCACAUAAUUUCAGGAAGUGUCAAAUUUCAGUUAGUAAAUUGAGCUACUGACCCUAGUUAAUAAAGUCACAUGGAAAUAUUUGACUAUUGGUAAGUAUUAUACAAAUAUAUAUUUUAUACAUUUAUGGGAUAAAGCAAUAGAUUUUGUUGAGUUAAGAAAGUAUCUUGUUUGUUAAUUUUAGGGACUUUUGCACAUUUUGAUGUUUGUAUAGCCUAAGAGUGAAUAGUUAUAGAUAAAAGGAAAACUAAGGGAUUAUUUUCUGUACUAAAUAAUUAACUUGCCAUUUUUCAAAACAAAGUCCUCUUAUUUUAGAAAAUAUCUUAAAUGAGAAUAAUUUUUGCCUCAUGAAAAUCUGAUAUUUUGAAUCUUUGUUUCUCUGUAAGUAAUUGCCUAAUGGCUGCUUUAAUUUAAAUGAGGGAUUGACCAACUUUUUGGAGCUGACUGGAGAAAAUUAGAAAUGUUCAUCUGUGAGAAAAUUGUUGCUGGCCUUGAAGCAGCAGCUGCCAUUAAAUCAGUGGAACUCUUCCAGAAUGCACGCAUUAAAAUUCAGACUUUCUGCAAACACUCCUUAUUUGGGUUCAUUGCAAAAAGACAGCUUCUGUCAGCAAAACACCAUCUCUCGUGGUCUGAAACUUUAUGUAUGCAACAUGUUACAGUGUUUAUGCUUUAACUUUUUAAAAAUCAAAUUAAAGCAAAACUUAUGGCUAUGUACAGAA